CUUCCUGCGUCACUUGGUCGUCAGGACGUCAUCGCUGUUCUCCAUUGUCCUCCAGUCAUGCUGGAACCGUAAGAGACAUUGGUAGCUUCGGGUUGUAAGGAAAGGAAAGGAACAUGGACCGCAGUCUGAAGCGUCGGCAGGUGAAACCCUUGGCUGCCUCUCUCUUAGAUGCUUUGGAUUAUGACAGCUCUGAUGACAGCGACUUUGAAGUGGAAGAUGCCUCUGAAGGCACUGGCAAUGGGAGUGACGAUGAAGGAUUCAGAGCAAGUGCUGCUGGAUCCGAGAUUGAAUCAGACAAUAUUGGAUCUGCAGAUGAUGGAAUAGGAGUUGGUAAAAACCUGCCUGUUAGUGAAGAUGAUAAGAGCAAAGAGCAGUCUUCUUCAGAAGAUUUUGCAAGGGAAACACCAACUUCCUGUCUAACCAACAGCCGGCGCAAGACUAAAAAAGUGCUACAACCUGAACCCACUGACCCACCUGGCAGCAGUGGAUCUUCUGGAAAUAAAAAUGAAGAGCUUCAAGUUGAGCCCAAAAAAUGGAAUUUCCGUCGUAAUCGUCCGCUCUUGGACUUCACUUCAAUUGAGGAGCUGAAUGAGAUUGAUGAUUACGACAGUGAAGAUGACAAUGACUGGAGACCAUCUGCCAGCAAAAAGAAACUCAAGGUUGCUCCUCAAAAAGGAACUGCUGAGGAUGAAGAGGGACAUGCUGGUAGCGAAGACUACGAUAUUGAUGAUAUAGGUGAGGAUGAACAGGGCGAAGAUGAAAAAAACAAAGAAGAUAUUAAUGACGACGAUGAUGAUGACGACGACGAUGAUGAUGAUGAUGAUGAUGACGACGACGACGAUGACGACAACGAUGACAAUGAAGGCGACUCUGAUGAUGGUGAUGAAAAGGAAGAUGGUGAUGACAAUGUUAGUAGUGACAGUGAGGAAGUCAAAAAGCUCAAGAAGAAAAGCGCCACCACGUUUGAUGAGGAGUUGACUAAUGACAGCAUUUUACAGGGAAAGGGCCAUGAGGAUGGUUUGCUCGAACGGCCCCAGAACUGGAGUGCUCAGCACAUCCUCAUCUGCUGCGUUUGCUUAGGAGACAACAGUGAGGAUGCUGAUGAGAUCAUCCAGUGUGACAACUGUGGAGUGACUGUGCAUGAGGGCUGUUAUGGUGUUGAUGGUGAGAGUGAUUCCAUCAUGAGUUCUGCGUCUGAGAAUUCCACUGAGCCUUGGUUCUGUGAUGCCUGUAAAAAUGGAGUGAAGCCCAGCUGUGAACUCUGUCCCAACCAAGACGGCAUCUUCAAAGAGACAGAUGCCGGGAGGUGGGUGCAUGUUGUUUGUGCACUUUAUGUUCCAGGAGUAGCUUUUGGAGACAUCGACAAACUACGACCUGUUACACUAACUGAGAUGAAUUAUUCUAAGUAUGGGGCCAAGGAAUGCAGUUUUUGUGAGGACCCCCACUUCACACGGACUGGUGUGUGCAUAAGCUGCGAUGCAGGCAUGUGCCGUUCCUACUUCCAUGUUACCUGUGCUCAGAGAGAGGGCCUUCUUUCGGAGGCUGCAGCUGAGGAGGACAUCGCUGAUCCGUUUUUUGCAUACUGCAAACAGCAUGCAGACCGUUUUGAUCGGAAGUGGAAAAGGAAGAAUUAUCUAGCGCUUCAGUCAUACUGUAAAGUGUGUUUGCAGGAAAGAGACAAACAACUGACAACUGAAGCGCAGGGCAGAAUCACCACUCGACUGCAGCAAUAUCGGCUCAAAGCUGAUAUGUCAAGGAACAGUCGGCCCCAAGCAUGGGUACCACGGGAGAAGCUUCCCAGACCUCUGACCUCCAGUGCCUCGGCCAUCAGGAAAUUAAUGCGAAAGGCAGAGCUAAUGGGCAUCAGCACUGACAUUUUUCCAGUGGACACUUCUGAUACCAAUGCCAGUAUUGACGGUCGCAGGAAACACAAGCAGCCUGCCCUGACACCUGACUUUGUCAACUACUACUUGGAGAGAAAUAUGCGAAUGAUUCAGAUCCAGGACAACAUUUCUGAACAGAAGAGUCUGAAAGACAAGUUGGAGAGUGAGCAGGAUAAGCUGCACAUGGAGUAUAACAAGCUCUGCAGUAUUUUGGAAGAACUGCUUCAUACCAAUGGAGCGCUGCGAAGUGAUGGCCAAGAUCUGUGGACUCUACUGUGUGGUAUCCUGGGUCAGACUAUUCACACUCCCUCUGUUCUGAAAAUCCCAAAAGAGAGGAAGUCCACCAAGAAGGAGGGAGAAUCUCCCGGGAAGUCAUCCAGUCUUCCAGCAAUUCUUUAUAGCUGUGGGAUCUGUAAGAAAAAUCAGGACCAACAUUUGCUUGUAUUGUGUGACACUUGCAAGCUAUACUACCACCUUGGCUGCCUGGAACCUCCGCUGACACGCAUGCCGAAGAAGACGAAAAACAGCUACUGGCAGUGCUCAGAGUGUGACCAGGCCAGCAGUGAUGAUGCCAACAUUGCCAUGGAAACUCUUCCUGAUGGCACCAAGAGGUCCAGAAGACAAAUCAAAGGACCAAUCAAAUUUAUUCCUCAAGACAGGUCACCAGAGCCCAGAAAACCUCAAGUUAGAGUCACGAGAACCAGGGGUCAGAAAAGAAAACGAACUACCACCACAGAAGACAGUGAAGAUAAAAGUGAGGAAUCUGUGCCACGGGAUCGCCGUCAGCGGCAGCCUGCUCUCCAGAAAAAAACUAAAGUGGAUGACUCAAGUACUGACUGCUCAACCUGUAAAGGUACAGAGGACAACGAGAACCUUGUGAGGUUUACCCCUAGUUUCCCCUGAGUCUGAGGCAUAUGCCUGAAGCAUCUCACAUGGUGUCCCAUAAUCGGUGAAGAUGCAAGGCUUUUUUUUUUUUUUUUUCAGCUGAGCGGAUUGUUUACCCUGGAUGCCGAAACACUAAGUGGAUCCUGUUCAUUUUCAAAAGUAUGACAGUAUACGCUGACUUGAAAUCCCAUUUUACUCUGAAGCAACAUGACACUGUGGCAGCACAGGCCCCAAGCCACCAGACUUGGAAAAUGAGGAAUGUGGUCAAAUACAGACCAACCGUGGGUCGGACAGUCCAAAUAAUCUUUUGCCAGCAUUCAACCUUUCCAGUCAUGACCAGAUCAUGAUCAAGUGAUAAGUGGAGACGACAACUCGGUGAACUGAUGCUGUUGUGUCUUGUGGUCAUUCAAGAUAAAUGUUACUGCCAUGUGUAUAUCAUUGUGGUCAAGCCAAUUCUAUUCCAGUCGGCCGUGCAAAAGGGUCUAUGAUAGUUAUUUGUUUUGUUUUGUUUUUACUCUGUAACCUACUCGUCUUAAUCUUUACGUGCCACUUAAAGUAUUAAUAGUGUCGCGUUUUUUUGUUUGUUUUUUCUCGGCUUGGUUCAAGUUUAAAAUGGUUGUUGGGGCAUGUUAGGUGUGCUGCCCUGACUCUUUCUAUCUUUGCAUUGCACAGGUUGUGAGACCCAGGGCAGCCACCUCACCAUGCCAUAUACACUCUCGACAGAUGGCCAUUGGCUUAGGGCCAGAGGGGCUAAUUGAAUGCUGGGGUCAGGCAGAAGAACAACGUCGCCUGUCAGCUGAUACACUUUGGAACAAUUGAACACAAUCUGAACUUUGAUGAGUGCUUUUGGAAUUGGUCUGCUGAUUUAAACUUAUUAAAAUUAUUAAGACAUUUCUUCUGCCUUUUAUGUACAUAUGGUUCAACUUUUGUCAGUUGUUUUUUUUUUUCCUGAGGUAGUCCUACAGAAUUCUAUGGUGUAUGACGAGCCACUUCGAUCCCAAUUCCUUCUUUUAUUCACAGCCAUGGACACCAAUCAGUCCUAAACUGAGUUAUCAAAACUUGUCUGUUGUGAACUUUCUGAUGUCCACUGCUACCCAUUUGUUGUGUUGCACAAAGACAUCUUUUAGGUAGUUUGUUGUAUUUUUUUUUCAUAGAUUUUUUUUUUCUUUUUUGGCUGUACUUGAUCUAGGAGUAUUAUAAUUUUUACGUUGGUCAACCAUCGUCUUUGCAACUGUAGAUGGCAUUUUUUUUUUUUUUUUUUCUUGUGUGGAUUGUAUUUGUGUUUGAUGUGUUUGUCAGGCAUGGCAGUUUGUUGGUACUCUGUCUGCCUCAAUGCCCCAUUGCUGUCAAAUCCAUGGCUGCUUUUUGCGCAGUCAGGCCUCCUGACAAGUGAUUGAUUCUGACCUUUGGUUUCAGUCUGUAUUCAUGAUGUGAAGGGCUUCCUUUUGGGUAAAGUAAAAUUCUGCAUUUUAAUUUUGCACAUCUUGGAAAAUCCAGUAUAAUGUCAGACAGCCUCGGUCCUUGACUGAACUGCUUUUUAGUGCAUCUGUAGAUUUGUACGGUAAUUAGAAUGUGGCAAUGUGUUCUUGUGUACAUUAUUUAUUAGGCUAUAUUUGUCAGUAAUCUUUGAAAUAAGUGUCAACCAUGGAGAUUUGUCAUGUCUGUUAUAUGUGAAAUGUCUCAACUCUGGCAUGUGGCUUUGGCUGCUUAAGUCAGGCUUUAAUAAACUUUUUAUAAAGCCAGUGAAUUUGUUAUUGAACAUUUUCAUACGUCAAGGAUGAAAAACAACAGAAUGGACACAAUUUGUCAUUCACGCACCCUUCUCCACACCCCAAUUUGUGUCACUCGUCACUGUCUGUGUGAUUUGCUGAGUGUGUUUCAACUUUGUUUGAUUGCCAUUUACCUAGUUCUAUGACAGGGGUGCCCAUUACGUUGGUUGCAUUGAUAGAUUUACAUGGCACUAUGGCUUAGACAACGAUGCAGCUUAUAGAGUGCAGCAAAGUGAGAAACCCUGGCGAUAAGUUGUAUAAAGCUAAUUGAACAAGCUUAGCCAUUGAAUGCUGUCACACAUAUGACACCAUCACUCUCAACAGUAGACUCAGUUGUGGUGACUUGAAGUGAACCUUCUCUUCAUGCUCUGCAGACGAGUCAACCAGUCAGUGUUUGA